AUCUUCACAAUGAGCGCCAAAAUCUCAAACAAAUCCUCAAACAAAUCUUCUACACACCGCAACAUCUCAAAGAACCUUGCUCUCACUACUUCACCUGCCCUACUUUCUUCUAUCUCUUCCCGUCACCCUUCAUCAGCCACAAAGCUCCGUCGUAUAUCAGCAGGAGAAGAGUCCCUCACAUUAUCUCAAAAACAGCGCCACACAAAACAAUCACACAUCUCAUCAAUCACACUUGCAUCUGCCACACAAACAAAAACCAUCGUCUUGCCCAUCCAGCAAAAGUGGGACGAAGACUUAUUUACCAAAAACCCUGUACUUUUAUCACCCACACUCGAAAUGCCCAUCGCUCCAUCAGACCUCAUUACUCCUCCUCCUUCUCCAAGACAAUCUCCAAGGAAAGAAGACCUCAAUGUAUCAUCCUUAAACACAGAAGUCCGCUUCAUGGAAGCAAAACGGUCGAAAAAUAUCAAGAAUCUCAUGGCCGAAUAUACCAGUCUCAAGAAACAAGGCGUAGCUUUGGGUCUUGAGUCAUACAACCUCUUCUUUGAAAUAUAUCUCAACCUUCGCCGCGAAGGCACCCCCCUUACACCCAUGUUCAAUGUUUACGAAGACAUGCUCUGGGAUUCAAUCUCACCCAACAGUACCACAUACUCUAUCCUCAUUCGUGCUCUCUGCAAGCGGGACGUCGAGGUUCAGAAAGUGGUUGCUAUGCUCAAGCGUCAGACUGCUCGCUCUGGUCAGCAGCAAGAAAAGUCUGGAAAGAACUCAAACAUCGGAACUCUCGAAGCCGAGGGCAACCUUGCCAAAGCAUUGGUCCUAUUCAAAGAGGCCGUUGCUCAAGACAGCUCCAAGGAUUUUCCAGUAGAUCUAUACAACCAGCUUCUCCGCGUCUUGUCCCACUAUGGCAACACCAAGGAUUCUCUGAUUAUCUACAACGAGCUUAAAAAGCACACUGCUCCAUCCUCUGCUACCUUUGCUGCUCUGAUCAACCUGUUUGGCCGUGCUGGCGAUGUCGCGUCUGCUGAUGGCUACUUCCAAGAGUAUCUUUCCGUCAAAGAUACCCUCGGUGUUCACGAUGCUUCCUAUGUUUACAACGCCUCAGUCGACUCUCACCUCAAGUGUGACGAUCUCGAGGGUGCCAUCCGUAUUACUGAAAACAUGCCCAGCCAUGGCGUCAAGCUCAGUAUCAUCCCUUACAAUUCAAUCAUCCGUCACUAUUGCACGCACAAUGCAAUGGACCAGGCCAUGGUUAUGGUGAACAACCUCACAUCAUCCGAAGAGCUCCCAACCCCUGAUGCCAGCAGCUAUGGUCCAAUCUUGUCCGCUUACUGCCAGGUCAGCAGAUUCGACGCCGCAACUGAAGUCUAUGAUGCAUUGGUAAAGACCGACAUCUCAAAGUCCUACGGAAACCUCGCCAACUACGCUCUUCUCUGUCUCAGCAACCUCAAGAUCAACCAAGACAAGGUAUUGGAGGUCAUCCAAGAGAUGAAGACAGCCGGUCUUGAGCCCGAUGCUCUUCUCUCAGAGCGCAUUGUUACUCAGUUUGUGAGCGCUGGUGACAUUACUCGAGCCAUCGCUGCUCUCCGUGCUGCCAUUGGUGCCAUGACUUCUCGCACUCUUUCCAAGGGUUCCAGCCACAUUGUCAAUGCUGCUCUCCAAAUUGCCAUGGCAUCCAAGAAACAGUUCUCUCAAGUGAUCGAGGUUGUCAAGGCCGUGUCUUCUAUACCCUCUGUUGGCUUGCCUUCUUCUUUGGCCAGCAUCUUGGUAGCCAGCUACCCUGCAGACUGCGAGCACGAGCCUAUUUCUGGAGCAGAGUGCCAGCUUGUGUGUGAAUCAGCCUUGAUAGCCUACUGCCAUGGUGCUGUCCAUCCUUUGCUUCCUGCCUUUGACACCUUUGUGUUGGCUUUGGCUAAAGACAUGGUUCGCCCCGGUACAGCUACCCCACCUUCUAGCCUGAUCUCCCGUGUCUCUACUCAGCUCAAGGGAAUGGGUGCCCAUGCCACUGAAGCAGAAUGGGUUUCUGCCUUUAGCAACCGUACUCAAGUUGAUGAAGCAAGAAAGAUCAACAAGGACGAGGAAGAGAUUCAAGAGAUCAUUGUUGCUCACAAGUGCGGGUCAUCGACUGUGAUCACAGCCGAGUCUGAGGUUGCCACUGCCGACAUCAUGAAAGCCGUCAUGAAUGGAAACAUCGAUGAGGCCCAGUCAAUUCUGAAGCAAAAGAUUAUCCAACUUGGUUUGGUUCCUUCCCCUGAAUCCAUGCGCGAUGCCAUUGCCCUGGCUGGCAAGCAGGGUCACCUCGAGGUUGCCAAGGAAAUGUACACUCUAUCCCUCAAGGCUUACAAGACAUUGCUCAUCACCGAGGAUCCUCAGCGUGCUCAGAAGGCUAUCUUUUCUGCUACCAACAGUGUUCUCAUUGGAUAUGCUCAGCAAGGCGAGAUGUCCGAGGCCAAGAAGUACUAUGAUGCAAUCAAGGAGAUGGGUCGUUAUCCUGAUGGAAAUGGUUACGCUAGUCUGUUACUUGGCAGUGCCAAGUGUGCUACUGAUGAGGCCACCGAUGCUUUGAUUAUCUAUGAUGAAGCAAAGCGCCACGAUGUCAAGCCCACCACCUUCUUUUACAAUGUCGUCAUCUCCAAGCUCGCAAAGGCUCGCAAGCUGGACCUCGCUCUCUGUUUGUUUGAUGAGAUGCGCCAGUUCAAGGUGUCUCCCAACUCUAUUACCUAUGGUGCCUUGAUCUCUGCCUGUGUCCGUGCUGGUUCCGAGUCCCAUGCCUCUCGUUUGUUUGGUGAGAUGCUUGCUUCUCCUUAUGAACUUCGUGUUGGUCCCUUCAACAACAUGAUUCAGUUCUAUGUCCGCCAGCAGCCCAACCGUGCUCGUGCUCUUGAGUACUUUGAAGAACUUCGCCGCCGCAGUGUCAAGCCUUCUGCCUACACUUACAAGUUGCUGAUGGAGGCCUAUGCUACCAUUGCUCCCUAUGACCGUGUAUCCUCUCAUCGUAUGCUGAGCGAGAUGGAGAACUGUGACCGCAUUCGCCCCCAGGCCACUCACUAUGCCACCCUGAUCUACUCCUAUGGUACACUUGAGAAUGAUGUCAAGAGCGCCAAGUGGGUUUUUGAUGAGAUGCACAAGGCCGGUGUUGUUCCCGAUGAAGUUGUUUACCAGGCUAUGUUGGAUACAUAUAUCUCCAACAACGAGCUUGAGCGUGCUGAGAAGCUUUACUUGGAUAUGCAGAAGCGUAUUGGCAAGAGUAGCUCUCCUUACAUCGAGAACCUCUUCAUCCGUGGCUAUGGUAAGAAGGGACUGCUUUCCAAGGCCGAGGCCAUGUUCAGAGCCAUGACCGAUGACAAGAUCUACUGUGUCAGCCUCCAGAAGAAUGCCAGCAAUGUUGUGGUUGUGCGCGAGCCAAGCACCUAUGAAGCAAUGGUCCGUGCCUAUCUUGACAACAAACUGGUCAACAAAGCAAAGGUCGUUCUUGACAGCAUGAUUAAGCGUGAAUUCCCUGAAAAGGUUACAGCCGUUGUUGCCGACCUGAUCACCGCAUAACCACUCAGUAUACAGACCUGAGGUCCCCGCAUAUCUUCAGUUGCCCAAUUUUUUUUUCUCAUAUCGAAGGGUGAAAAAAAAAAAGCGAGUAAGACUCCGUCGCUUUUUUUUUUCUAUGUGGACUGCAGGGAUUGCUCACUGUAAUCCAAGGUUCUGGUCUGUGAUCAAGGAUACAUCUAAAUGGACCGAUAAAAUACGUAGAAUAGUGAAUUCAUAAGAAUUAGUAACACAAGCUUUUAUUUUCUUUUUCUUUUUUUUUUUGGAGAAAAAAGUAGUAUUCGUCUAUUGAAUGGACUUAAUAAAAAAACACAAACGUUGUAUAAAGAUUUUUAAAAAAA